UUAAAAGAGACCCAACAACUCAUGUUCCGACCUGACUCAGCUGCUUUCGCUCUACACCUAGAAGUUGUCCCAACGUGGCCCUCAUGGCGUACUCCACCAGCACUAUUGCACAGGGCUGUUUUGGGAAGGUGUACAAGCAGAAGUACAACGAUACCUGGGCUGCUGUAAAGAAGGUCCCCCAUAAUCUCAUCAGUAAGAAGGACCUGGAGAGAGAGUGUGAAGUUUACAACAAGGCAAAACAUCCCAACAUAGUGAAGCUUCUGGGCAACAUAAUUCUCCAAGACGGAAAAUGGAUUAUUCCUCUAGAGUUUAUCUUCGGCGAGGACUUAGAGACCACCAUCUUCAAAACAUCAAAGUCUAAAAUACAGUUGACUCCGUCCAUUAGGGGCACUAUCAUCACAGGCAUGUGUGAAGGGCUGCUUCACCUCCACUCCAAAGAUGUUGUCCAUCAAGACCUGAAGCCUGAAAACAUCAUGGUGGAACAUAACACAAACAGAGCUGUCAUCAUCGAUCUGGGACUGGCCAAGUUCUUCCGAUUUGGUCUCAGCUCUGCUGUUGACAUGGGGAACGAGGCCUACUCAGCCCCUGAGGUACUGCAGAGGGGCAAACAGAGGGACCAGCGCUCAGAUGUGUGGGCCAUGGGUAAGAUCAUCGCUGAGCUCUGUGCCCGGGUUCGCCUGUACACGCCCACCGUCUGUCCUGCCAAGAUCAAGGAGACCCUUCUGGAUCAGCCGUACUGCCAUGCCGUGUGUAGGAUGGUGGAGACUGACCCUACUAUGAGGGCCUCAAUGGGUGGUGUCAUAAGUGAGAUACGAAGUUUAGGCAUCGUCCCCAGUUCACCCGUUCAAAAGGAUCACCUUAAGCCACCUGCACCUCAAACUAAUGUCAGAAACUUCACUCCAUCACCAAUGAACAGGGCUCCGUCGCCGUUUAACAGGGAUCCAUCACCAAUGAACAGGGCUCCGUCACCGUUUAACAGGGAUCCAGCACCAAUAAACAGGGCUCCGUCACCGUUUAACAGGGAUCCAGCACCAAUAAACAGGGCUCCGUCACCAUUUAACAGGGAUCCAGCACCAAUAAACAGGGCUCCGUCACCGUUUAACAGGGAUCCAGCACCAAUAAACAGGGCUCCGUCACCGUUUAACAGGGAUCCAGCACCAAUAAACAGGGCUCCGUCACCGUUUAACAGGGAUCCAGCACCUAUGAACAAGGCUCCUUUGCCGUUAAACAGGGACCCAUCGCCACUGAAAUGGGAGCGUUCCCCCAGACCAGACUUUAAAGCUUUGAAUCCACAAGCUGCAAUGCACCUCACUCCUUCCCCUCAGAGGACAGAGGACAGAAACAAACACCAGGCUCUGGUCCCAGCAGGCAGAGCUGAGCUCACGGAAGACUUCACGAAGAUGAAGUUGUUCCAAGAGGCUGCCAAGGAUCUGCCCUGCAACCUCCCCACAACAGGUAGGGUGGUGAUUCGGCACUUUGAGGAGAAAAAUGGGGAGGUUGAAACAUGGGAGCAGAAGGAGGUGGUGACUCGUGAUGGGAAGAUAGUCCAGUUCAAUGACAUCAAGUUUAAUAGCAAAUAAGAAUCAGAGUUUGAGUUGUUCCUCUCCUUAAAAAGGAUUAGUUCAGGGUUACGUAACUUUUGGUAUCUUCCUAAAAGAGCAUGUAAAACACAUUUCACUAAAUAAUAGUCAACUGAGAUUAAGUUACAGUAAGCACCUGUUUUUGCGCACACAUAAAAAUGGAUUUGAAACCUGUUACAAACUUAGAAAUACAGUAUGCCUUUGGCAGUUUGAAGCAGUAAUGAGAGGACAUCUUGAAUGCUUUGGUUGUGCUGUAACAUGUUUCAGCCAUGUUGAUUGACAGCUCAUUUAAUUGCCAAGAAAGAAAUGUCUGCAGGCACAAACAGCCAUCUGUGAAUGUUUUUCAGCAUCUAAAUGCAUAUGACUGUGAACAUGGGUCAUACAUCACGUGUAUGUUUAUGUAUAUAAUACAUUCUGAAAUCUCAAUUGCAGAGAUAGAUUUUGUUUCUUUCGGAUGCUUUAUGCUCAUAUUUAAUACACUGUGUUUAGAUUUAGAUUAUCUUAAUCUGUUUUAAUAAUCAGAAAAUCUGAGCAAGUAAUGAAAGGAAGCACACACUAUUGUUGAUGGUUAUAAACAAAAGCAGCAACUAAAACCAGAUUCCGACAAGAUGGGCCAGCCCCAGUACCAUACAACAAACAAACUUUAAUACAAAUGAAUGCUAUUAGAGCUGGUUGUUGCUCCAGAAAAGGUCGUCCCCAUGAUCAUGCAAUGCAUUGCUCUUCUGUCUGCUCCAACCUGUGUAAAUAAGGGGUAAAAUUUGAUAAAUCUUUGUUGUUUGACACAAACGUAAAGCAGCUGAACAGAUCUUAUUUUUUCACUUAAGAAAUAUAAGUAAAAUGAAAUCUGUAGAUUUGACUGCUGAACUUCAGAUUUGUAUACGUGCUUUCAGCUUAUCUCACAUUGAUUACUACUGUAAUGCAUUUUUCCUUUCACUUAGUAGGCUAUGUCUGCUCCUGAUCACCUUCAGGAGGCUUAAUCGAGAAUUAUGUUACAAGGCUACUCACUAGGUCAAAUAGACGGUCUCACAUUAGCCCUGUUCUUAAGUCUCUUCACGUCUAAUAUGGUAAGAUUAAGUUUAAGGGCCUGUCCGUGGUGAUCAAUCUUUUGAGUCCGUAGCACCCACGAUUUGGACUGCUCUGCCCCCACCCUGACAGUCUGCUCUUUCUGUGGAUUCUUUUAAAAAAUUAGAUAAAGACCUAUGGCUACCUAUUUGGAUGGGUGUUUGGUUGAAAUAUCUGCAUUUAAUGUAAUAUGUAAUUUCAAUUGUAAUAUGUUUUUUUUAUUAUGUAUGUUAGUAAGCUAUGUAUUAUGCCCCAGUAAAGCACUCUGUGAUUUAUCUGUGAAAAGUGUUUCAUAAAUAAAUGUUACUUACUUA